CAAUUCACUCACAUAACUCAUAAUGAAGGUUAAAUUGAAACUCUCUCAAUUAUGACUCAAUAAGUCAAAGUGCUCCUUCAAUUUUUCAAACAAACUUACCAAUAAAUUUUCAUUUACCAUCGACAAUGAAUUCGAGUACAUCACCCCACCAGCACUCUCCUUUCCCUUCAUAUGGUGAAAUACACCAGCAGCAGAUGAGCCCCGGCAGCAAUUCUCAACAAAUGCUGCCUUCGGGGGGCAACGGAAACGGCCAGCAGCAGCAAAUGGUUGGCAAUCAGCAGAUGGGCGGCGGUGCUGGUGCAAAUCAGCAGCAGAUGAUGACGGGCGCGGGCGGCGCUGGUUCUAAUCAGCAGCAUUUGCAGCAGAUGUUCCAGUUUCAACAGCACGGGCAACAGUUGGCGGCACAGCAGCAGCAGCAGCAGCAACAGCAAAUGACGCAGGGCUAUGUUAAUGGAACGCCGACGCAAGUUUCAGCCAUGGGAAAGUUGUGUGCAGGAUGCGGUUAUCGGAUAGAAGAACGAUUUUUACUUCUGGCAUUGGACAGGUAUUGGCACCAUGCUUGUCUUAAAUGCACUUAUUGCCAAGCCACUUUGGCAGAUUUGGGGGCUUCCUGUUUUAGCAAAAGAGGCAUGAUUCUGUGCAAGGGAGACUACCAUAGGAUGUUUGCCGGUUCCAAUGGCGCCUCUUCUGGCGGUGGACCCAUGGGGGCGAACAAUGGCCCCUGCUCAGCCUGUGGCCAAGCGAUUCCCGCAUCAGAAUUAGUGAUGAGGGCUCCAGGAGGUGCUGGGGCGAAUGGUGCUGCCGGCGGUGCUGUAUUUCAUUUAGCUUGCUUUGUUUGCAGCAAAUGCGGCGGUCAUUUGAGACAAGGAGACAGGUAUUACAUGCUUGGUGGAAACUUAGUCUGCGAGCAGGAUUGGCAAAAGCUCUUGAAAAGUUCUUCUGCGACAAGUGCUAGUGUUAGAAAGGGCAAAGUUGGCAGGCCGAGAAGGAGUAGAGAUUAACUAGUGAAAAAAUGAUAUUAGCUUAAACUUUAAAUAAUAUCAGACAGUGAUUAUUUCCGUAAAACAAUCGACUAGUGAUUUGUUAUUCUGAAUUACUUUUCAGAACUGUACAUUUUGUUUAAAGUUUGGUGAAGUGGUGAGGACUUGAUAAAAUUUUAUUUAACAAUGUUUUUUAUUCAUAGGUUAGUUUAAAUCCAUAUAUGUGUAAUUAAAAUAUUAUUUAACAUAAGAUUUUUACAUUAUACAAUAUUAUAUAGGAUACUAGCAUUAUUUCAGUAAAUGAAGGCAUACUGCUUUUGUGAUUUUUUAAUUUUAUGGUACAUCAUUUACAUUUUAUAUCAAGUUACAAUCGUAUGUAAAUAUUUAAUUUAAUAUAUAAGAUUAUUAUCAUUAGUAUUAGAAUAUUGUUAAUUGAGUAGACAAUCAGCAAAGCUGUGUGAUAUCGUAUAACACAUUU